CCGGUCGCAUGCCUUCCGCCUUUUACUUCUGCAUCGUGACUUUGUCCAGCUUGUGGUGUGCGCUUUGCAGUCGUAGCUUACAGAUUGUAGUGAACAAAAAACAACUGCAGUACUUUGUUUUGAGCUUGACGUUAACAGUAGCGCGCUGACAUGUUCUGUCUUCCUUCGAAUGUUUGUCAAAAAUGAGUGCUAAAAGUAAUUCGAAGAAACCUACUCUCGAAAUCACCAUUUCUGAAAAUGAAGAGGACACCGAUUCUGAAAGUGCCAAAAAGACUGCCGAUCAAGAACCCAAGAAAAAGAAGCGACGCACUCUGCCAGAAUCACAGGAAAAAGAACUAAAUCGCUCGCCAAAAGAAAUUGAGGUCGAUAUCAAAGCAGGCGUACCUGCAAGCAGUACCGCUGCUGAGAGGCUGUUCAGCCAAAGCGGCUACAUGAUCAAUAAUCGGCGCACGAGCCUUGACACGGAAACAGUGGAUGAUUUGCUGUUUGUGAAGUGGAAUGCAAAUAAAAUCUAGG